UGUGCUGAUGUCUGAGUCAGUGUGAUCAGGAGAAGUCUGGGUGUGCGGACCAUGUACAGGGAUUUCUCCGGGACUUACCCUCAGCAGGACUUAGGGUGCAGCAGCGGCAGUCACAGCCCGGACUCCGGGAGCUCACACUACGGGGCUGCCAGUAUGGGGCACAGCAUGAGAGACACACCUCCACAGGACCACCACCAGCACCAGCAGAAAUACACAACGCACACAUCUUCCAGUCAUUUCAUCCCAACAUUAAAUGCAAUAACCUCAAAUCAAGAUCUAAACUGGAUGGUCCAGCCUAGUGUUCGAUCAUUAGCCUUACCGCCAUACCCUAGCCCUCGUCAUGGUGUCAUCAGAAGCAUGAGCGGAGUCUUGAAUAUGGCAAGAAGACGUGGCGGUGAACAUAUAUCACCAGAGGAAGAGGCGAGGAGAAGAGUACGAAGAGAGAGGAAUAAGGUUGCAGCUGCCAAGUGCAGAAACCGUCGUAAAGAGCUAACUGACUAUCUUCAAGCGGAAACAGACAAGCUGGAAGAAGAAAAGUCAACUCUACAAAAGGAUAUAGCAGAGCUGCAGAAACAGAAAGAUAAGCUUGAACUGAUUCUUGACGCCCACCACCCAAUCUGCAAAGUGGCCCACUCUCAACAAAAUAGCCAGCUAGAUGGCUCUCCUAAAUUUGUUAAAGACGAGCCACAUGAAGAACCAGCACGAAGUUCCAAAGUUAAACUUCCAAGAAUAGAGAUUAGCGACACGAUUCUUGAACCAGAGGCUCUCCACACUCCUACCUUGAUGAAGACACCAUCAAUUACACCCUUCACGCCAAGCUUGAUGUUCACUUAUCCUGGACCUCAGGAAUCUUGUUCCACAGCUCAUCGCAAGCUCAGCACUAGCAGUAGCAAUAGCAGCGGGGAUCAAAGUCCAGGGUCCCUUAGCUCGCCGACUUUAUUGACUCUUUAAAAUGAUCUUGGAGAGAGAAGGGUGCCUUCAGGAGUAUUACAUUAUGUCUAAACUGAUUUCAGAUAGACCUAUGCCAGUCUUAAAAUUGUUGUAGACCCCCUAUAUAGGAUCAGAUUCACUUUGACAGUAAAGCAUGCUAUCACUUUUCCCUACAUUUGUUUGUUAUAAAUAUAUUUGUUUCAUUAUAAUUUGUUAGAUGCGUGGCCUUCUUUUAUAAGGUCACAAGUUUAGUCCGAAAUAGAGCUAUAUAAGAGCACAGGGUCACAGUUAAAGGCAGAGCCAACAUAAAACUGCAUGUCCACUGUGGUAUGGUCAAUAGAAAAGUUAGCGGCAGAGCCGAAAUUAUACUAUGUUACAGCGUAGUAAGCAUUUGGGAAAAAAGUAACGGCAGAGCCGGUCUACUUUGUAUUUAUUAAAGUAUAUUUUUGUAUGAUUAUUGUUUGGGGUAAAGUGUAUACAUUUUGAUAAUGAAAUAGUAAUAAAGCACAUCCCAAAUAAAUUCAUUUUUUAUUUCAUA